UCUUCUCGUCUGUUUCCUCGAACCGAUAUUGCAACUUUCAUGGUCACAACCCUCCCUUUACAUUUCAUUUUCCUUUAGCCUUUUCGCUUUUUCCUUCCUCAUUUUCGUUUCGAGCUCGCAAUCUCUGAGGAGAGAGAUGGCAGGAAACGGAAACGUGAACGGAGAGUUCAGCUUCGGGACGACCACUACCAGGAUUGCAGGGACCGGGACGGCACGGAACGGCCUGGCUAAGAUCCAGACGAACAAGAAGACCAACGGGAUCUGCCACGAUGACAGUACACCUCCCGUUAAGGCUCAGACCAUCGACGAGCUGCACUCGCUCCAGAAGAAGAAGUCCGCACCCACCACACCUAUCAAAGGGACUCAGGGUUCGUUCGCCACCAUCUCCGAGGAAGAGCUUCACAAACAACAACUCCAGUCCAUCAGUGCAUCUUUGGCGUCGCUGACAAGAGAAACCGGACCGAACCUAGUGAAAGGAGACCCCGCACGGAAGUCUGAGACCCCGAAGCACGUGUCGCACCACCAUUUUACGCCGGCAUUCAACGUUAGUGACAGUGCCUUGAAGUUCACACAUGUCCUCUACAAUCUCUCUCCAGCAGAGCUAUACGAGCAGGCUAUAAAGUAUGAGAAAGGGUCGUUCAUCACAGCUACUGGUGCCUUGGCAACCCUUUCUGGAGCCAAGACCGGCCGAGCUCCCAGAGAUAAGCGCGUUGUCAGGGAUGAGACUACUGAGGAUGAGCUUUGGUGGGGAAAGGGUUCACCUAACAUUGAAAUGGACGAGCAUACGUUCUUGGUCAACAGAGAAAGAGCUGUUGAUUACUUGAACUCUUUGGACAAGGUCUUUGUGAAUGACCAGUUCUUGAACUGGGACCCAGAGAAUACAAUUAAAGUCCGGAUUGUCUCUGCCAGGGCAUACCAUUCCUUGUUCAUGCACAACAUGUGUAUCCGACCCACUCCUGAAGAGCUGGAGAAUUUCGGUACUCCGGACUUCACUAUAUACAAUGCUGGGCAGUUCCCAUGUAAUCGUUACACGCACUACAUGACAUCCUCUACUAGCAUAGAUCUUAAUCUUGCUAGGAGGGAAAUGGUCAUCCUCGGCACCCAGUACGCCGGGGAAAUGAAGAAGGGUCUGUUCAGUGUUAUGCAUUAUCUCAUGCCUAAGCGUCAAAUCCUCUCCUUACAUUCUGGCUGCAAUAUUGGAAAAGAUGGAGAUGUUGCCCUCUUCUUUGGUCUGUCAGGCACUGGAAAGACAACUCUGUCUACGGAUCACAAUAGGUAUUUGAUUGGAGAUGACGAACACUGUUGGAGUGACAAUGGUGUGUCAAAUAUUGAAGGCGGUUGCUAUGCCAAGUGCGUUGACCUCUCAAGGGAGAAGGAACCUGAUAUCUGGAAUGCCAUUAAAUUUGGGACUGUGCUGGAAAAUGUUGUGUUUGAUGAGCACACCAGAGAGGUCGACUAUACUGACAAAUCUGUUACAGAGAACACGCGAGCGUCCUACCCUAUUGAGUACAUCCCCAAUGCAAAGAUACCAUGCGUUGGUCCUCAUCCAAAGAAUGUCAUACUUCUGGCAUGUGACGCGUUUGGUGUGCUCCCACCAGUGAGCAAGCUGAACUUGGCACAGACUAUGUACCAUUUCAUCAGUGGUUAUACUGCUCUGGUAGCUGGUACUGAAGAGGGUGUGAAGGAGCCACAGGCAACAUUCUCGGCUUGCUUUGGUGCAGCAUUUAUUAUGUUGCACCCUACCAAAUAUGCGGCCAUGCUGGCUGAGAAGAUGCAGAAGCAUGGUGCCACAGGAUGGCUUGUCAACACUGGCUGGUCAGGUGGAAGGUAUGGUUCAGGGAGUCGAAUCAAGUUGCCAUACACACGAAAAAUCAUAGACGCCAUACACUCUGGCAGCCUCCUCAAGGCAAAUUUCAAGAAGACUUCAGUGUUUGGGCUUGAGAUCCCUACCGAGAUUGAGGGUGUGCCUUCUGAAAUCUUGGACCCGGUGAACACUUGGUCAGACAAGAAGGCUUAUAAUGAUACACUGUUGAAGCUGGCUGGUCUGUUCAAGAAGAACUUUGAAACAUUCACCAGCUACAAGAUUGGCAAGGACAACAAGCUGACAGAGGAGAUCCUUGCAGCUGGUCCAAACUUCUAAGCCCCGAGCAGCAACAGCCAGCAGAAGAGAAGCAAGCAAUAAACUAUGAACUAUCUUGGGAGGUUUUGGUCGAUGGAAAAAUAAGAAUUGUUGGGAUGUGCAUUUUACUUGGUUCAGUUAACUAUAUGUAAAAUGGUUGGUUUCUGUAUGAUCCUUCAGAAUGAUAUGGUAUUUAGAUGAAGUUUGAUCCUUUAUAUCCAAGUAUUCUUUGACGUGGAAAA